CAGAAAAAAAGGUGACUGAGGCAUGGCCAGCAGAUGAGUCUCCUGUUUUCUGUUUAUUCCAUUUAACAUCAAACGUGGAGACCAGAUCUGGUCAUUUGGGGUUCAUAAAGAGUUCAAUUCUCAGAUUUAGACAAUGAAAAAACAUAUCACAAAUCAGAGACUUUAUGGAUUGAUUCUCAUGUCCAGUUUCAUCUUUCUAUCAGUUAUUUCUGAAAAUAUGACAAUUCAAGAAGAAAGUACAACUUUUUCACAACAAAUAUUUGAUCUGACAACUUCAUCCCAAAUCACUGGACUGAAACCACAACAGACUGAACAUACAAUGUUGUCUAAAAGCACACCUAUAUUUGAGACCGAUUAUACAACCAUGUCACAUUCCAAUACAACAUCUCCACCUCUGGAAACAAUGACUGCACCCAAAUUUUUAAAGACAUCCACAGCUGGGACAGCUACAUUUGCAGCCGAUAUUUUAACUACUGCAGCAGCCAUCACUCUGCCUACCCAGAGUACAUCCAUAGACACGACUCCAAGUUCCAUGAAAGUAACUAAGCCCUCUUACUCAGAAAGCACAAGGACAACAAAAAUGGCUGAAACCAUGGCUACUGAGACCUUUCGUCCAAAUACAGCUACUAAUUUUUUAUCCACAUCUGGAUUUGCCAAGAACUCAAUUGUAUCCACAACUUCAGCAAUUGUAUCUCAGUCAGCUGUUAUGAAGACAGCAUCUUUCUUCUCAACUAUUGAGUCAACAUCCAUAUCUACAGCAUCUUGUCCCCCCCCAGAAUUUACAGAUACUAAGGCACUCCCUGGCUCUACAGCUGACCAGGAGUUUAUUGCAUCUACAGCUUCCAGAAUUGUACCUUUGUCCACAGUGCAAAAGACUUCAGCUGCAACUACUCACAUUGGGACUGCAUUAGCAUCACUCUCUGAGUCUGUGCUCAUCUCCACAGCAGCUCCAGUAGAUUCUGUAUUUCCUAGAAAUCAGACAUCAUCUACAUUGGCAACAACUGACAUGGAAAGAGAGUUUACAGUCCAUUCAGUGACUCUUCCAACUAAAAAUAUUGUGACCACAUCUGCCCUAAGAACAGUUGAAACAAAAUUGACAUCUACAGAUUUUCAGGAUGUCUCUUCAUCCAGAGUGGAGGGUGCCAUGUCUACCUCCAUGCCAAAAGAGGCCUCCUCUAUGGCCCUUUCCUUCAUUACAUCUUUUCCAUUUACUGGAACUCAGAAUGUACAGACAGCUAAUGAUGCUAAAACUACAAGUACAGCCUUACCUCCUGAAACCACACUGGCACCUACAGUGGCUGAAACUGUGCUUUCCCCUACAAUUGCAGGGCCAGCAUACACUCAGAAUACACCCACCACAGGUGAACAUGUGCUUACUUUGAUUUCCACUAGAUCAGCUUCCACAUCGAAUGUAUCUGAGUCAAGUCCCACAUCAAUAACUGAUGAAGCUGUCCCUCUAUUUUCUACCAAUGAGACCACUUGGACUUCCAGACCAGAUCAGACUCUGCUGACGUCUAUGAAUACAACCACCAUACUUACAUUUGUGCCCAAUGAAAAUUUCACAUCAGCACUCCAUGGAAGUACUACAAAUACAGAAUAUUUAUCCACAACUACUAAUAUUAUUACCCCACCAAAAGCAUCCAGAGAGAGCAAGGCUACCAUUAUUACAGAUGCUACUGCUGCCAGAUAUACAACAACUUUAUCUAAACUGACAUCUCCAUGGAUUGCUAAUUUUUCCACGGUUUCUGAAAUUAUAUCUGUAACUAAUCCAUCUGAGUUUAAGCUUACCACUUUGCUACUAAAAACUAUCCCUAUGUCCACAUUAUCAGCAAGUGAACCGCUUUCAACACCAAAGGAGACAGUUGUUUCACCAGUAGAUACAAUGUCUACUCUUGCUUACAUUAAACCAAAUUUUUCUACUGAGGAAAGUGCUUCUGAGACGACACAAACAGAAACAAAUGGUACAUUUGCUUUUGAAGAUACAACAGCCUCUGUACGAAAGUCUGCAACAACACAAAGAUUUAAUGCUACUGUGACAAGAAAAGAAACAACUUCCCAUUAUCUUAAGGGAAGAUCAACUGUAGCAGCAGUAACUGAGGUUUCUCCAUUUUCAGCAAUGUUGGAAGUGACAGAUGAAUCGGCACAAAUGGUGACAGCUUCUGUCACUGUUUCCCCUUUUCCUGAUAUACAAAAUUUGAUGACCCCAUUGGAUAAUAAAACUGCAACUACUGAGGUGAGAGAAAGUUGGCUUUCGACAAAAUUGGUGAAAACCACACCUAAGAGUUCAUACAAUGGAACUACAGAAGUCUUUAAUUCUACCCAUACUUAUACAGCACAUAGGACUUUAGGGACAACUGAGGGGAUUUCGGCUUUAUCUUCCACUUCUGGGAGCACACAGGUGUUCCCUGAACCCCUGGGUGCUUCCACCACAAGGACAUUGAAAACCAGUUUCCCAACCAUCCCUACAGACAGGACAGCUAUGUCUUUGUCUGCUAGUAUCUUGCCUCCACAGCCUGUAGUUACACAUUCCUCAGCAACCUCUAUGCCUGUUACUCAUAUGUUCUCGUUGCCAGUUAAUGUCUCUGCUGUGGAGUCUGAGGAGACUAAGGUGACCAUAUCCAAGCCUUCUACACUGACCAGGGCUUUGUCUACAUCUAUGCUCUCAGAUAUCUCAAAUCUGUCAUCAGCUACAGUGACCACAGCAUUGGUACGACCAUUGGAUCAGACUGCUUCCACAACCAGCUUUACUGUGCCUACCCACAGAGACUCGAGUCGAACCACUUCAGAGGCCACAGUGAUCUCUGUCACGGUGAUGCCCAUAGCAGUUACCUCUCUGACAGAAACUCCACUCCCUUCGUUGAGACCUGUUAUUCCUGGGACAGUUAGAGCCGACACCACCCUAACCCCAUCCACACACACUCUUGUAUGCUCAAAACCUCCCCUUGAAGGCGUCCCUAUUGUGUCCUCCACUCACAUAAUCUCAACUUUAUCUACAUCAGAAGCAACUCAACCCAUAGCUCAAGUCGGGGAGACUUCUACCUAUGCUCUCAGCUUCCCGUAUACUUUCAGUGGUGGAGGAGAUGUAUUUAGCUUGACUACAAGCACCACAGAGACCUCUGUUGUUGAUGACACCAUGCUCUCACAUGCCUCUACCAAGAAGCUUACUACCUCAGUAGAUGAUCACAUUUCUCAGUCUGCCACACGACUUGUAAACACACCAGUCUCCACCCAAUCGGUGACUGAAAACUUAUCUUCUGACAAACAGCAGAUGACCACCUCCCUGGGAAAAACCCCUAGAACCAUGGAGGUUACAGAAAUGUCCCCAUCAAUGAAUUCUUUUAUUUCUUACUCCCAGGGUACUUCAUCCUUGGAAAUGACAGAUACAGGAUUUUCUGAGACCACAAAGAUUUUCAGUCACCAAACACAUUCACCUUCAGAGAUUCCAUUUGGAACUCCAUCUGAUGAAAAUUCAACUUCAUCUCCCAUUUUUGGAAGUGCACAGACCACACCUACUUUGGCCUCAAGUAACACAGAAGAUGUUCACACUUCAGAAAUGUCUACCAGUCUCGAGGAGACAGCAUCCCCUUCUCAGGCUCUGACAAUCAGCACUUUUUUGUCUCCUGAAAGAGAAAGCAUGAGUAUAUACACUCCCAGGACUGUGGAAAUGACAGUAAGGUCCACCUCUGUGACUCAUCCUGUCUCACACCACCAGGAUACUUCAAUUGUAGGCAUGACAACUUCUAGCGCAACCAGAAUGUCAAAUCCUGUGAACAUUAACACAACUCUUUCACACUUGCCUUCACUUAGAACACAACCUGAAGUGAUUUCAGAUGCUUCUUUCACUUCUGAAAAUGCACAGACUUUCCCUGAGUCCUUGUCUCUUUCCACAGCUGGACUAUAUAAUGCAAAUUUUACAAUGGUCUCCACUGAGAAGAUCACUUCAGCUGUUUCUGUUCCAAAUGUACCUACAACACUUCUUAGAGAAACCCCUAUGGCAACGUCCACUCCUAUUUACCAAAAGUUUUCAUUGCCAGUUAAUGUCACAACUUUCACCUCCAAAAAAGCUUCCGACACUCCCACAAUACUAAUAGCCAAGUCUUCUAAAACAACACACCCAGGUUGUUUGAAAAGUCUCUCUAGCACCACUUCUGGGCCUAUGUCUGAGAUGUCCUCAAUGACAGUUAAUGGCUCUGCUUUCUCGCUUGCAGCAGUUUCUUCUGACACUUCCACAACAGUUGGAUCUUCCUCUACUUUUUUGUCUCCAGUUACUCCUAGGACUACUACAACCAUGCAAACAUCUACAUUGGAUGUCACACCUGUGACGUAUGCUGAGCCUACUUCAGAAAGCACAAUGGUUUCCUCUGGCUUCACUACUUCAGAAAUGAUAGAGGCAUCUUCCAGGAUCACAUCUCCAACCUUUUCCUCUCCAGCAGAACCAACUUUUCUCUCUUUGAAAACCAUUCCAACCACUAUUAUGGCUGGGAUAGUGACUCCAUUCGUAGGCACUACUGCCUCCUCUCUACUCAGUUCUAAGAAUAUUGAAGCUAUUUCCUUCAUUCCAAAGACCACAUUUUCACCAUUUCUAUCAAUAACCCAACAGUCAUCACCAGGAGAUGGGGCUACAACUCUGGGCAUAUCACCUGGGAUUACUAGCAGCUCCCUACCUAUGGUGAGCAGUGGUAGAGUGGUAGCUCUCACAAAUACUUAUUCUAGAACCACUGUCCCAGAAGGUGUGCUUCUACCUACUUCUUCAGAUAAUCUCCAUACUUCCUUGAAUAUUCAGGUUUUCCCAUCUUUGACUAGCUUUAAGAGCACCCCUGAACCCACAAAAAGUGCAAAAGCCACCACCACUUACCUUCCUUCUAAUACAGGAGAGAUGAUUUCCUUGUCAGACAAUACUUCCUUAACAGCUAAACUAACAAAAAGCACCACAUCUGUGAAUAGCACCAUUUCAUACUCUCCACGGCCCUCAUCCAGCACAAGUCCACCCCAUUUGACAUCAUUUCUGUAUUCACCUCACAGUACUGAAGUUGAACUCUCUACUCCAAAGACUUUUCUUCCUCCUACAUCCCAAAUGGUUGAAUUUCCAGUUCUGGGAACAAGAAUCACCUCUAGUAAUACCCAGUCACUGUUUACGACCUCCUGGAACACACCCACAGAUGAAGAUUCUCAGCUUCCAAUUUCCACCACUCCUCAUGUAUCCAUACACAAUAAGAUGGAAGCAGAGACCCUGCACCUUGUUCCUGGGUCUUUGUCAGCAUUUACAGCCUUUCAGACUGGUCUAGUAUCCAGAGAUAUCAUGGCAAUGUCAUCAAUUCCCACAUCAGGAAUUCUUCCUUCCUACAAGCUUUCUGAGAGCCCUUCCUUACCAACAUCUUCAAGAGCUAUUCCUACCACUUUGGCCAACAUUAAGCACACAUUUGAGAAAAUUACUCCUGGGACCACACUCUCAUCAAAUCCUUCUGGUGCCACUUCAGGAUCUGUCAUUCCGAAGGCUACUACUUCGCCCAUACUGACUUGGAUCUUAUCUAGUCGCCCUUCAGGUUCUCCUCUGGCAACUGUACCUAAUGCUCCUCAUGCUAUAACUUCCUCUACAGUAGAAGUGUCAAAAUCCACAUUUCUGACUUCUGAUGUGAUACCAAUGCACUCAUUCACUAACUUUACAACACUACCCUUUGCUACUGUAACCACUCCUACACCGACACCAGGUGGUAUCACUACUGCCUUCCCAAGUUCUCUCCCUAUGUCUAUAAAAAUCACAGAUGACAGUGUAUACAUUUCCACACCUGCUGAUGCAUCCUCCAGCACUAGUUUGACUUCUAACUCUAAGACUGUGUCUCAACCUCCAUCCUUUAGCAGAAUGAGUAUGUCACCAUCUACAACUGAUCACACUCUGUCUAGGGGCUCCAUGCCUCUGCCUAGCCCUACAAAAACAUCUGCAUGGAGCAAGAUUCCAGCUGCAUCAACACCCUCUACUUUAAUUCUUCCAAAGCCCACACUGGACUCCCUUCCAAAUAUAAUCACGACUACAUCCACUACUCCUGGAGCCUCAUUUCCACUUGUAUCCACUGAAGUGACACAUCCUUCUGCAGCAACUGUGUCUUCACUAAUAUCUUCCUCUUUUGAGACAACGUGGCUGGACUCCACAUCUUCCUUUCUGUAUUCAGAAGCAUUGACUUCGCCUACUGCCACUGAGUCCAUAGUUUCCUUCUACAAUAUUGAGAUGAACUUCUCUGUCUUUGAUGAAAAGCCAAAGAUUCCUGUUACCAGUGUUAUAAAUGAAUUUACAGAAAAUUGGUUGAAUUCCAUAUUUCAGGGCAGUGAAUUUUCUCUUGCUAAUGUGGCUAUCCAAAUUAAAAGCAGAGACAUUUUGGAGGAAGACAUGACCAUGGAUCGAGCUAUUUGGGAAAAGGGAGAAGGACAAGGAAAGGCUACAAUUUCCCAUGUACUAUACAGCUGUGUUUGUCAGGUCAUCAUAAAGGCCAACUCUUCUUUAACACCCACUGAAUUGAUUAGCAGAAUCAAAAGUAAAAUACACAGAAACUUCACACAUGGAAACUUCACACAAGAUCAAUUGACCUUAGUAGUAAAGACUGAACACAUUGCAGUGAAAAAACUAGAGCCAGGAAAGUGCAAAGGCGAUGAAACAGCCUCCAAAUACAAAGGGACAUAUAAGUGGCUAUUAACCAACCCCACUGAGACAGCCCAAGUUAAAUGCAUAAAAAAUGAAGAUGGAAACGCCACAAGAAUCUGUUUAAUCAGCAUCAACACAGGCAAGUCUCAGUGGGGAAAACCAAAGUUUAAACAAUGCAAAUUGCUUCAAGAACUUCCUGACAAGAUUGUGGAUCUUGCUAAUAUUACUAUAAGUGAUGAGAAUGCAGAUGAUGUUGCAGAGCACAUUUUAAAUUUGAUAAAUGAAUCCCCACCUCUGGAUAAAGAAGAGACAAAAAUUAUUGUUUCUAAAGUAUCCGAUAUUUCACAAUGUGAUGAGAUAAGUAUGAACCUAACCCAGAUUAUAUUACAAAUAAUCAACAAUGUUUUGAAAAAGCAAAAUGACUCAGCCUCUGAUCUGCAUGAAGUAAGCAAUCAAAUUCUGAGGAUAAUUGAGCGUGCUGGUCACAAGAUGGAGUUUUUUGGGAAGACAGCAAAUCUGACAGUGGCCAAGCUGGCUUUGGCUGUGGUGCGAGUAGAUCACAUGUUUGAAGGCAUGGCCUUCAGCAUUUGCUCUUAUGAAGAGGGCACAGACCCUGAGAUUUACCUAGGUGAUGUCCCUGUGGGGAGGAUUUUGGCUUCCAUCUAUUUGCCUAAAUCACUGACAGAGAGAAUUCCUCAUAGAAACUUACGGACCAUCUUGUUUAAUUUCUUUGGCCAAACUUCACUCUUUCAGACCAAAAACGUCACUAAAGCUUUAACCACAUAUGUUGUGAGUGCCAGCAUUUCAGAUAUGUCCAUCCAAAACUUGGCUGACCCAGUGAUUAUUACUCUGCAGCAUACUGAAGGAAAUCAGAAUUAUGAUCAUGUUGACUGUGCCUUUUGGGAUUUUGAGAAUAACAAUGGGCUGGGUGGAUGGAAUUCAUCAGGCUGUAAAGUAAAGGAAACAAACGUAAAUUACACAAUCUGUCAGUGUGACCACCUCACCCAUUUUGGAGUUUUAAUGGAUUUAUCCAGGUCUACAGUGGAUGCAGUAAAUGAACAGAUAUUAGUGCUUAUAACAUACACUGGAUGUGGAAUCUCCUCCAUUUUUCUGGGAAUUGCAAUGGUGACAUACAUAGUUUUUCACAAACUUCGAAAAGAUUAUCCUUCUAAAAUCCUGAUCAACCUGUGCACAGCACUAUUGAUGUUAAACCUGGUAUUUCUGGUCAAUUCCUGGUUGUCAUCAUUUCAGAAAGUGGGGCUUUGUAUCACAGCUGCAGUGGCACUUCAUUACUUCCUGCUUGUGUCUUUGACUUGGAUGGGCUUGGAGGCGGUCCACAUGUAUUUUGCUCUAGUCAAAGUCUUCAACAUAUACAUUCCAAAUUAUAUCCUUAAAUUUUGUCUUGUUGGUUGGGGAAUCCCAGCGAUCAUGGUGGCAAUCAUAGUCAGUGUGAAAAAGGAUCCGUAUGGAACUCUGAGCCCAACAACACCAUUUUGUUGGAUUAAAGAUGAUUCUGUCUUUUACAUCUCAGUAGUGGUUUAUUUUUGCCUCAUAUUUCUCAUGAAUCUCUCCAUAUUCUGCGCUGUUCUUGCUCAACUGAAUUCUGUGAAAUCCCAAAGCCAGAAGACUCGGCGGAAGAUGAUCCUGUACGAUCUCAAAGGCACAACAAGCCUGACAUUCUUACUUGGCCUCACCUGGGGAUUUGCUUUUUUUGCCUGGGGACCCGUGAGGAUCUUUUCCUUGUAUCUUUUCGCCAUUUUUAAUACUUUGCAAGGAUUCCUCAUUUUUGUGUUUCACUGCGUGAUGAAGGAAAGUGUGCGAGAGCAGUGGCAGAUAAACCUUUGUUGCAGGUGGUUGCGACUGGAUAACUCUUCUGAUGGGAACAGCCAGUAUGGUAUAAACAUUGGGUAUAAACAGGAGCGAUUGAAGAAAACGUUUGAACAUAAACUUUUGACACCAUCUCUCAAGUCAACUGCAACUAGCUCUACUUUAAAAUCUUUCAGUUCUGUACAUGGCACUCCUUCAGAAAUAAGCUUCCAAAAUGAUAACUUUGAAGAAGAUCCCUCCUGUUUCUCUCCCUUGAGUUGUGAAGUUGUGCCUAAUUAUGUAAGAAGAAUAUUACCUGUGGAAAUAAAAAUAAAUUCCAUUCACAAACAACAUUUUUUUCAAUAA